UGCGUCAUGGACAUUGACCACGGAAGUUGCGCCAUUUCAAUGCGCGGGGAGAAUCAGGAACCAUAGUAAACAAUGCACGUCUGAAAUCAAGAAGAAAUUAAGAACAAUUCCCAUUCACGGACUCGUUCAGCGACUCGACCGUUAUUGUCAGACGGCCUUGGCAUGUUCUCUGUCUGAAGUAGUGUGUGGCUAUUCCAUCUGUCCAAGGUGAAAGACGACGGACCACAUCCAAGAUGGAUCAGGUGGUCAUUGGCGGAGGUGACAGUAAACCCAUGGAUGAGGGUGUCGGCAGCGCUACAUCUGGCGCUACAUCUGGCGCUACAUCUGGCGCUACAUCUGGCGCUACAUCCGGCACAUCAGGGCCGUCGAGGGGUGGGGAAGGUGGACCGACGAAGCCGGCGGCGGCGGCGAAAAGGAAAUCAAGCGAGGCGGCGAAAAGAAAGUCAAGCACGGGGGUGAAAAGGAAGUCAGGCACAGCGGCGGCCGCCAAGCCGAAGAAGGCCAGGAAGAAGGCCAGGUUCGGAGCGGGGCCUGGCUACACCAUCCAGGAGGGAGAGGACAUGCUACUGUUGAUCUCCAACACAGGCCAUCAGGAUCACCUGGCCUGGCGGCCCUUGAAGAUGACGACUGCGGCCACGAAGAAGACGACCUCCUCCGGCAAGGGGAAGUUGAAAACCCAUGCCCAGAGGAAGAAGAAAAAGCCAGUGGCCGCCAAACCCGGAGUAAACCUAGGGGCGCCGACCCUCCGAGAACGUUCCAACGGAGUGGCAGAGGAGAAUCCUCUUUGCGCACCAAAGGACUUGGACCACAGAUGGGGUCAGAGUCUGCCCGAAGAGGUGCUGGUCAGCAUCUUUCAGAUGAUCGUGGUCCAGGACGGUGCAAUACCAUUUCUGUGCAGGGUGUCCAGAGUGUGUCGGCUCUGGAACACGGCGGCCGCCAGCCCCGGCCUGUGGCGCAGUGUGUCCAUGGGGUUCUGUUGGAUAACGCCCAGCAAGACGCAGACGCCCAGAACAGAGGAAAAGAUCAAGCACACCGUCGGAUGGCUGGCCUCCGAUAGAUUCAGCCAGCUUAGAGAAUUCACUCUUAACCACUGGAAGAAGAAUGUUGACUACGCUGUAAAAGUUGUGUCCCAGUCGUGCCCUCAGCUUGCCUCCCUCAAUCUGUCCUACUGCACGGGCGUGACUGGACAGGCCUUCCUGAGCCUGGCAGAGAACAGCCCCUCUCUACAGAGCAUCAACAUGCAGUACUCGGAGUACCAGGUGGAAGGUCUCGCUCAGCUGCUGAAGACCAACGGCGGCGAGAUCAGGAAGUUCCUCUUCACGCACGGGUCCAGGAACGACAUGCUGCUGGCCGCUCUCUCCAGAGGAUGCUGCCCAGAUCUAGAGUUCCUGGAGAUCAACUGGAAUGUCCAGAAAGGCGGGUUUUGCGAGCUUCCUAUCCACAUCCAAGCAUUGCAGCAUGGCUGCCCCAAGCUGAAGACGUUCCGGUUGCUGAACGUCGUCCUGGGGCGUAAGACGAUCAGGCACGCGGAGGUCUCUGCGCUGGGCUUCCCCCUGCUGGAGGAGCUGUGCAUGGCCACCUCCUCCAGCUGCCCGACCAGCGACCGCGACCUGUGGGACCUGCUGCUGGCCUCCCCCAAGCUGCGUGUGCUGGACCUGCGAGGCUGCUUUUAUAUCAGUGCACCCGGGCUGGCGGCCCUGCCCUGUGAAGAGCUGGAGUGUCUGUUCUGGGGUCAGUACUUUAACUCCAAGUGUAACUCCUGGCCGCCCCCGGCCAGGAAGGACCUCCACAAGCUGACGGAGAAGUGGAGCCGCAGCAUGCGGGAGCUGGACCUGGCCAACCAGCUGUUCAGCGAGGAGGACCUGGAGCUGGCCCUGGGCCACCUGGCCCGGGCCCCAGACCCCGGCACCCUGCGGUCCCUCAACCUCAGUGGGACCCGGAUCAGCGCCCCCGCCCUCAGGUUGAUUAUUCAGCAGUCGACAGCGCUCAGCUACCUCAAUGUAACCUCGUGUCGCAAUCUUCCCCGUGGCCAGAAGAGGGUGCACCGCGGCCAUGAGGAAAUCAGUCAGCUGCUGGUGGCGCUGCAGUAGCUCAGGGGCUUAAUUUUUUUGAUAUUCAUAAAGCCAAUCUUUGGAUAUAAAUGGGUCAGUUCUCUUUUAAUAUUAAAACAUUUGAAUCUG